AUGCUUGAUGUGGAAAUGCACACCAGCAAGGACCAUAGCUCUCAGUCAGAAGUUGUAGAAGGAGAGAAAGAGGUGGAUGCUCUGAAGAAAAGUGUAGACUGGGUGUCUGAUUGGUCCAAUAGACCUGAAAAUAUUCCACCCAAGGAGUUCCACUUCAGGCACCCUAAACGUUCUGUUUCCUUAAGCAUGAGGAAAAGUGAAGCCAUGAAGAAAGGGGGGAUCUUCUCCGCAGAGUUUCUUAAGGUGUUCAUUCCAUCUCUCUUCCUAUCCCAUGUUUUGGCUUUGGGGCUAGGCAUCUACAGUGCAAAAUGA